AAAUGCAUUUACUACAAAUUGAAUUUUUCCGCGACUAAAAUUACCGGUUUUUGAAAUCACUAAUUAUAUCGUCGACUUUAUGCAACUUCUUAAUUCAUAAUUGCGGCUUGUUAUGGUUGAUUGACUAACAAGAUAAUAUAACGAAAUAAUUGCCGCACCACAAAUUCCUUUUUUAUUAAUUGAUCCACGCGUUGACGCGGUCACAUUCGCACGUCAUUAUGACGUAGUCAAACAGAUUGUCAUCUAACGUUUAAGAUAAAUGAAUGAAAUAUUAGAACUGAAAUUCAUUGCAGACAAAUUGAGGCAAGAAAUUUUCAUGGACACGUCUCGUCUGUUAUUUAUAGACGUACUGUUUGAUUUGUAUACCGCGUGGCGUCGUAGCUUACCUACAUAAUCUACGGCCGUAGCUCGCGGAAUGUAUGUACAUCUUGCACUAUGUAGAGCAUUGUGACAUGACGUGAAGCUGAGUGAAGUGAUUAACAAACCAAAGUGCCCAAAGUUAUUUAUUAAGGAAGAUUAUUUAUUUACAAAUUUAUUUAUGAAAAUUAAUUAAAUUUAAUAAAAAAACGGGAAAACCGGUAAACAGUCCAGUCUCUAUAGUUCUAAAUUCAAAGUGAAGUGCAUUAGUCAAAGGAUGACGACAAGUUGACAAAGUGGCCUACAUGCCGGUGGCGCUGGGCUCGCUCGGCGGCGAGGGCGAGUACCGCGAGUACCACCACCUCUCGCCGCACCCGCUGCAGUACCAUGAGUAUGCGCCGCCGAUUUACCAUCCUGUGCCGGACCCUUAUUACAGACGGCACACUCCAUAUUUCGGACAACCGGAUUACAGAGUUUACGAACUCAACAAGCGGUUACAACAGAGGACAGAGGAUUCAGACAACCUCUGGUGGGACGCGUUCGCGACAGAGUUCUUCGAGGACGACGCCACGCUAACGCUCACCUUCUGUUUAGAAGAUGGACCUAAGAGAUACACAAUAGGAAGGACGCUGAUACCGCGCUACUUCCGCAGUAUAUACGAGGGCGGAGUCUCAGAGCUGUACUACACGAUGCGGCAACCCAAGGAGUCCUUCCACAACACCAGCAUCACGCUGGACUGCGACCAUUGUACGAUGGUCACGCACCACGGGAAACCCAUGUUCACUAAGGUGUGCACAGAAGGUCGGCUGAUCCUUGAGUUCACGUUUGACGACCUGAUGCGCAUCAAGUCAUGGCACAUGGCGGUCCGGGCUCAUCGAGAGCUCAUUCCGCGCCAAGCUGUCCAUCCUCCAGACCAUGCUGCCCUGGACCAGCUUUCCAAAAACAUCACACGUCAGGGCAUCACCAACUCCACGCUCAACUACUUGAGGUUAUGCGUGAUCCUGGAGCCGAUGCAGGAGCUGAUGUCGCGGCACAAGGCGUACGCGCUGUCGCCGCGCGACUGCCUCAAGACCACGCUCUUCCAGAAGUGGCAGCGGAUGGUCGCACCCCCUGAGUCGCAGCGGCCGGCGAGCAAGCGGCGCAAGCGCAAGGGCAGCGCGGGCGCCAACGCGGCGCCGCCCGCGCCCGCCAAGAAGCGCUCCCCCGGACCCAACUUCAGCCUCGCCUCACAGGACGUGAUGGUAGUGGGCGAGCCGUCGCUCAUGGGCGGCGAGUUCGGCGACGAGGACGAGCGGCUGAUCACGCGGCUGGAGAACACGCAGUACGAGGGCGACGGCGUCGAGUGGAGCGCGCCGCCGCCCGCCUCCCCCGCCAAGACCCCGCCCGGCAACCACUGACGCCCGUAGACUGCACUACGAGACUUGCUACAACCACGCGCUUCUCUUGCCACGGGGUGAUGUCAAAAUUUAUCAACUUUGGUGUUAUUAACCGGUGAGCCGGUCAAUGGAAGCACUUGAAGGUGAUUUCAAAAUUUAUCAACUUUGGUGUUCUUAACCGGUGAGCCGAUGUCAACGGAAGCACUUGAAGGUGAUUUCAAAAUUUAUCAACCUUGGUGUUAUUAACCGGUGAGCCGGUCAAUGGAAGCACUUGAAGGUGAUUUCAAAAUUUAUUAACCGGUGAGCUGGUUAAUGGAAGCACUUGAAGGUGAUUUCAAAGUUUAUCAACUUUGGUGUUCUUAACCGGUAAGCCGAUGUCAAUGGAAGCACUUGAAGGUGAUUUCAAAAUGUAUCAACCUUGGUGUUAUUAACCGGUAAGCCGAUGUCAAUGGAAGCACUUGAAGGUGAUUUCAAAGUUAAUCAACUUUGGUGAGCCGGUCAAUGGAAGCACCUGAAGGUGAUUUCAAAUUUUAUCAACUUUGGUGUUCUUAACGGGUGAGCCGAUGUCAAUGGAAGCACUUGAAGGUGAUUUCAAAAUUUAUCAACUUUGGUGUUAUUAACCGGUGAGCCGAUGUCAAUGGAAGCACUUGAAGGUGAUUUCAAAAUUUAUCAACUUUGGUGUUAUUAACCGGUGAGCCGAUAUCAAUUGAAGCAUUUGAAGGCCAAGAAUUUAGAAGCAGCAUCAUUUUGUUAACGACUAGGAAACGCAUUAUUUUUUUUAUUAAAUAUUUUUAUGUAAAUUUAUGUAGUCGCACUACUAUACAAACUGAAAUAGAUAUUAUAUAGGAAAGAAAAAAUUACCAAUGAACGGAUCAGGAAGGUGAGAAAUGUUAUAAAGAUAAACGCGCCUAGCUUUUUAAAGAUACUUAAGAAUUUCGAUCGAUUCGACCUCCGUGAUUUGAUGGUUCGGUUAUGCUGCUGCGAAUGCAGAAGAAGCUGGUUCAAUCACAGCCUAGGACUGGAGACUUUAGUCAGUUUUCCUUUCGAUAUGACAUCAAUUUCAGUUUGUAAUUCUUUGGCGUGGUCAGAUACAGAAAACAUAGUUAGAAGAAGUUCCUAAAUACUUUUUCAACAUUUUUUUGUUUGAUGUUUGCUUACAUUACAGAGCCAUUUAAUCCAUUGAGAUUCCCAAUGGUAAAAUAUUGGGCUUAAGUUGACUAGCUGGGCAAGAACAAAUAAUUUAAAACUUAUAUCCGGUUUAAAGUGCAUUUAGUUGCUAUAAAUCACAGUUAUGUACCUCAAUACUGUGUUGACGUUAGUAGACGCUAAGAAGUUAUGAAUUUUGACAAAUCACUGUCUAAAAUAGCAAGGAAACAUCUUAUGGAUAACAGUUUUGCUAAAAUUCAGGGUAAUAUUUAAUUUAUGACUACCUUCCGUUCACAAUAGAUUAAGAAUAGAGAUCUAAAAUAAAAAUCAUUCAACAGAUGUUUCCGUUGCUUUCGAAUCUAUGGCAAGAGAAAUCGUGAAAACGCUACGCGUAGUCUGUGGGUCUUGUCGUCUCGAAAAGCGGUGGAAUAUCCUAUCCCUGUCUGACUGCAGCUGUGACUGAGUGAGUGAAAGGGACCAGACGGCUAUCGUGUUUUCGGAUCGAUCACAAGCCCUGUACGCGUCCUGGAAGGCGUCAGUGCUCCAGACUGUUUAUGAGCCCCUGGUACAUUGUAAUUUUUUGACUUUUACGAAACGCGGGCACACAUGGAUUAUUGUCAACAGAUAUAAAUAAAUAAAUAUAGGCCUUUACGGAUAAAAUAAGUUAA